UGCCGCGGGCGGCAGGACUAAUAUGCUCACUCGGGUGAAGUCUGCCGUGGCCAAUUUGAUGGGAGGCAUCAUGGCUGGCAGCUCGGGCUCGGAGCACGGCGGCGGCUUGGAUUUGCCUCUCCGCUUUCCCUACGGCAGACCCGAGUUCCUGGGGCUCUCUCAGGACGAGGUCGAGUGCUCCGCCGACCACAUCGCCCGCCCCAUCCUCAUCCUCAACAAGGAGACCAAGCGCUUGCCCUGGACCACGGGAUACGCCGAGCCUGUGCUGCAAUGAUGAUGGCUGGAGUGUUUGCCAUUGAUCCCUUUCAUUCUCAAAAUUUUCCAUCUUCC